UCCAAAAAUCAAACCGUAUCUUUUCAGAAAAAAAAAAAAUAUAAUGACUUUUUUUUUAUGACCCACCAACUCAUUGCAUCCAGCUUUGUUCAACAUUUCAGGAAAGUGCAGCGCAUUUUCGAUAAUAUUAAGCACGCUAUAAAAGAUAUGAUAGAGCCUACAAAUUCAAACUCUACAGGUAUUAGGAAGGAAAUGGUAAGGAAUAUUCUCAGAAAAGUUGAAGCUCUACGGUUGAAAAUCGAAUGGCCCUCGCCACCAAAAGACAAACAGCUCGACAAGAGGUACAAAAACAUUAAAAUUAGGAAAUCAAAAUAUUUGCUAAGAACGGUGAGCCAGCUCAGCAAAUUAAGCAGAGCGGACAAUGUCGAAGAGGUGCUGAAAAACAUCAUAGAAAUCCCAUGGAGUCUGCUAACUCAACCGUUUUUGAACCGCAAAGGGCCUAUAGCUCUCAAUUAUGGCGCGCUGGGACAGAUCAUCGGGCACGAAUCUGCACAUGUGGUGGCUGAUAUAAUCAAUAUUCCAGCCGCAGCUCUUCUUCUUAAAAGAAUUUCAGCUUGUCUCGUUGAACAGUACUCUGAAUUCUGUCCUUUAAAAGGAAAAGGUCUAGAAAUGCAAUGCCUGAACGGAACAAGAACACUGAUUGAGAAUAUAGCUGAUAAUAUAGGCUUACUGGCAGCUUACAGUGCCUACAGGAAAGAUCUCGGACGAGAAAAAGAUCCUGAACUACCCGAAGAUCUAUUCGGAAAGAUGACAAAAGAUCAAUUGUUUUUCCUUGGAUACGCCCAAAUGUUUUGCGAGCCACAGCCAAACAAUAACUCAACUCUACGACAGCUCCAACAAGAUAAUCAUAGUCCUUUAAAAUAUCGUCUGAUUGGGUCCGUUAAAAACUGCCCGAUGUUCUACAAAGCCUUCCAGUGUCCAUCGCAGCGACGAUGUUUUUCUAAAUCUCCAUAA